CAAUGAGACGGCAAGUACUUCUGUUUGUUUCGCUUCUGUCUCUUAGCUCGGUCAUCGGGCAGGUCAGCUAUUCUAUUCCGGAGGAAAUGAUAAAAGGCUCUUUAGUGGGUAACAUAGCUCAGGAUUUAGGCAUAGACGUUAAAAGACUGAGGUCAGGCAACGCUCGUGUUUAUUCUGGCGAUAGCAGAGAGUACAUCGAGCUGAGCAACAACAGAGGAGUCCUCCUUAUCAAAGAGCGGAUAGACAGAGAGGCGUUGUGCGGUGAUACGAUACCGUGCGCUGUGCAUUUUCAGAUCGUGUUAGAGAAUCCGAUGGAAUUUUACAGCGUAACAGUUGAAAUUACAGAUAUCAACGAUAAUGCGCCAACAUUUGAGAAAAACGAAAUUAAAUUCACAAUCAGCGAGUCGGCAGUUGUUGGGGCAAAAUUUGACCUCGAAAGGGCUGUGGAUUCAGAUGUAGGUAUUAAUACAGUCCAAAAUUACGUACUUAAACCAAGUGACAAUUUUUUACUUAAACUACACAACCACGCUGACGGUAAAAAUAAUGUAGAAAUGGUCUUACAAAAACCUCUGGACAGAGAGAAAGAUGAAUUCAUUUCACUUGUGUUAACUGCGGUAGAUGGAGGAGAGCCACAGAUGACAGGAACGAUACAAAUUCUUAUUACUGUAUUAGAUGCCAAUGAUAAUGCUCCUGCAUUUACGCAGCCGAUAUACAAAGGCUUGGUGGCAGAAAAUGCUCCUAAAGGGACUCUAGUGACUUCUGUUAGUGCGUCAGAUGCUGAUCAUGGUUUCAACGGUAAAAUAACGUUUUCAAUCACAAACAGUUUGGAUGAUGUCAGACAUAUGUUUCAAAUUGAUGAGGAAAGUGGUGAAGUUAGAUUAGUUGGAAGUUUGGAUUACGAAAAGAAAAGAAAUGUUCAGAUCAAUGUUCGCGCAAGGGAUAAUGGAGGACUAACCGAUUCUUGCAAAGUAAUAGUAGAUGUACUCGAUAUAAAUGACAAUGAACCAACGAUUAAAAUCAUGUCGAAAUCAACCAUUAUAUCAGAGAAUGCAAGCCCCAACACAGUUGUUACAAUGAUUAACAUUCAAGAUCCAGACUCUGCUGAAAAUGGUAAAGUUCAGUGUUCUGUAAAUGAUAAUAUUCCUUUCAUAUUGAAAUUAACAUCAAAUAAUUUCUAUAGCUUAGUGACAGACAGUGAUUUAGACAGAGAGAGAGCCUCUGAAUAUAAUAUCACAGUGACCUGCUCUGAUGAGGGAGUGCCCUCCCUCUCCAGCAGCGUCACUCUCACCUUACAGAUCUCAGAUGUGAAUGACAACGCACCUGUCUUUGAGAGGAGCUCAUAUGAGGCCUACAUUGUAGAAAACAACACACCAGGACUCUCUAUAUUCACAGUGAAAGCCAGAGACGCUGACUGGAACCAGAAUGCCCGUGUUUCUUACAUACUGGAGGACUCCUCUGUUAAUGGAGUGCCAGUCUCCUCAUAUGUGUCCGUUAGUGCUGAUAGUGGAGUCAUCCACGCAGUGCGCUCUUUUGACCAUGAGCAGAUCAAAGAUUUCCAGUUCCACGUUAAAGCUCAGGAUGGAGGCUCUCCUCCACUCAGUAGCAACGUGACAGUGAAAAUAAUGAUCCAGGACCAGAAUGACAACCCUCCUCAGGUUCUGUAUCCAGUCCAGACUGGUGGCUCUCUGGUGGCUGAGAUGGUUCCUCGUUCAGCAGAUGUGGGCUAUCUGGUGACUAAAGUGGUGGCUGUUGAUGUGGACUCUGGACAGAAUGCCUGGCUCUCCUAUAAACUACAGAAAGCCUCAGACAGGGCGCUGUUUGAAGUGGGCUUACAGAAUGGAGAAAUCAGAACUAUCCGCCAAGUGACUGAUAAAGAUGCUGUGAAACAAAGACUGGUUGUUAUAGUGGAGGAUAACGGGCAGCCCUCUCGUUCAGCUACAGUUAUUCUUAACGUGGCGGUGGCGGACAGCUUCCCUGAAGUGCUGUCGGAGUUCACUGACUUUCCACUUGACAAGGAGUACAAUGAUAACCUGACUUUUUACUUAGUGUUGGCUCUGGCUGUAGUUUCCUUCCUCUUCAUCACGUGUUUAGUGGUUAUCAUAUCAGUGAAGAUCUACAGGUGGAGACAGUCUCGCAUCCUGUAUCACUCCAACCUCCCUGUGAUUCCAUAUUAUCCACCACGUUACUCAGACACUUUGGGGACAGGGACUCUCCAACACGUGUACAACUACGAGGUGUGCAGGACGACUGACUCCAGAAAGAGUGACUGUAAGUUCGGCAGAGCUGGUAGUCAGAACGUGUUGAUAAUGGACCCCAGUUCUACAGGGACGAUACAGCGGAUGCAGAGUGAGAAGAGCAUCCUGGAUGAACCAGACUCUCCUCUAGAGGUUGGUUAA